AUGGCGACAGCUAGACCCGGCUGGAUGUGGAUGCUGGCGGCAGCCCUGAUCCUGGGGCUCGCAGAGCCUGUGGUCGCAAAUGAGGAUGCUUCCUGCGACAACCCGUCGUCCACCGGCCCGUCUGGGAAUGGACAGGACCUUGCGUCUGGGGCUGAGGCCGGAACCGAGGAGGACACUCGGUCGGACGAUAGCAGCAGCCGCAUCAUGAACGGGUCCGAAUGCGAGAAGCACUCCCAGAAAUGGCAGGCCGCGCUGAUGAUGACGCCGAGCCAGCUGUACUGCGGGGCGGUGUUGGUGGCCCCCCAGUGGCUGCUGACGGCUGCGCACUGCAGGAAGCAUGUUCCAAGAGUCCUCCUCGGUCGACAUUCAUUGCCGCUUGCCUAUGAGUCUGGCCAGCAGAAGCUCCACGGGAUCAAAUCUAUUCCCCAUCCUGGCUACUCUCACCCGGGCCACUCCAAUGACCUCAUGCUCAUCAAGCUGAACAGAAAAAUCAGCAAGAGUCAGAACAUCAAGCCCAUUGGCAUCUCCGCCCGUUGUCCAGCUGCGGGGACCACUUGCUUGGUAUCUGGCUGGGGAACCACCAGCAGCCCCCAGGUGAAGUUCCCCGGGGCCCUCCAGUGCUUGAACAUCACCGUGGUAAGUGAAGAGAAGUGCAAGAAGGCCUACCCAGGCCAGAUAGACCACACCAUGUUCUGCGCCGGGGACGAGGCCGGCAGAGACUCCUGCCAGGGUGACUCCGGGGGCCCCGUCAUCUGCAAUGGCUCCCUGUAUGGCCUUGUGUCUUGGGGAGACUUCCCGUGUGGCAAGCCCAACAAACCCGGCGUCUACACCAAGCUCUGCCACUUCACCAAGUGGAUCCACGACACCAUCCAAGCAAACUCAUGA